AUGUCGAUGCCAAUGCCCGGCCCCAUGCAGAUGGGCCCCAACGGGCAGCCCAUGCCCUCGCCUGAGCAGAUCGCGGCCAUGCGCAGACAAAUAGAGGCCGAUGCCGCGAAGGCUGGCAUGAGUGUCCCCGACUUCCUCAACCAUCUCCGACAGCAAGCUAUGCAGCAGCAGCAGCAGCAGGCGCGUCUCGCGCAGCAGCAGCAGGGCGGCGAGGUCGGUGGAGAGGCCGAGCAUGGUCACGAUCAUGAGCAUGGCCCUGGCCACCAGCACCCUCACCCUCAACAGCAGCAGCAGGCGCAAGGCCAGCCUCAGCCCAUCCGGCCUGGUCCCCCAAACCCCGUUGCGCUGGCACUCGCUAGCUUCCUGCGCAGCCAGGACCUGAAGCCGCGUACUUGUAUCCUUAACGGGGAGCGUAAAGACAUGUUCAAGGUCAAGCGAGCGCUGCGCGCUCUCCAGUCCCCCGCCUACGAGAAGGCGCGCAAGAAGAACCCCGCCCUUCCCGAGAUCACCGACCGUGCCUCUCUCGAGAAUACCUUCAAGCUGCUCCCCAUGUCGAUGCUUGCUCUGCGCGUAACCAAGGCCGACCCCCACGAAGGCCACGACCACGGUCCGAAGAAGACGAAGCGCAUCAAGGGUCUUUGGACCGUUCGCAUCGAACCUCAGCAAGAAGCCAAGGAGGAGAUGUACUACGCGUGGUUUUGGGAGGGAAGCCAGGUCAAGCGCAAGCUUUACUCAAUUCUCGCCCUGGUCCUGAUCUUCAUCGUCGUCUGCUACCCUCUCUGGCCCCUCAAGCUCCGUCUUGGUGUCUACUACCUUAGUUGGGGGUUCCUUGGCCUGCUUGGUCUGUUCUUCCUCAUGGCCAUCUUCCGUGUUAUUCUCUUUUGCAUCACCUACUUUGUCGCAUCGCCCGGUCUCUGGCUGUUCCCCAAUCUUUGGGAGGAUGUUUCCUUCGUCGACAGCUUCAAGCCCGUUUGGGCCUGGCACGAUACUGCUCCUAAGAAGGGCAAGAAGAAGAAGUCCGCGUCCUCUGGUGCUGCGAACGCUAGUGGCACUUUCGCUGCUUCCACCGGUCAACCUCUCCCAGCUUCUGCGACUACGACCGCGACAGAGACUCAGAUUGCGUCCCAGCCAUCGCAGCGCCCCGGCUACGUCGCGCCAGCCGUGGAGGAGCUGGGUGAUGAGGAGUAG